AUGCGCUCAAAGGCGACUCAUUCAGGCGGUGGACCUGCAUGCCGCGGGCGAACCCGGGAGGGUGAUCGUCGGUGGCGUCCCCGAUGUCCCCGGCGAGACGAUGUUUCGGAAGAUGCAGUACCUGGAGCGCCACGCCGACGGCCUCCGCAAACUCAUGCUCCGGGAGCCCCGGGGCUAUCCGGCGGCCAACUGCAACCUGGUGCUGCCUCCCACCCAUCCCGAUGCGGACGCCGGCUUCGUGAUCAUGGAGCAGACCGAGUACCCGCCGAUGUCGGGGACGAACACCAUCUGCACCGUCACCGCGCUCAUCGAGACCGGCAUGGUGCCGGCGGUCGAGCCGGUGACCGAACUCACCCUGGAGACCCCGGCGGGGCUCAUCCAGGUGCAGGCAAGCGUCGAGGGCGGCAAGGUGACCCGGGUGACUCUCGAGAACGUGCCCGCCUUCCCGCCCAUCUGGGAGCGAAGAUCGAGGUGCCGACCUUCGGCGAGGUCGAGGUGGACGUCUGUUGGGGGGGCAUGUUCUACGCGAUCGCCGACGCGGCCCGCUUCGGGCUCCGCAUCGCGCCGGAACACGGGCGCGAACUGGCCCGGGUCGGGGCGAUGGUGAAACAGGCGGCGCGCGAACAGCUCGAAGCGGUCCACCCGGAAAACCCCGAGAUCCGUCAGGCGAGCAUCGGGCAGCUCACCGGGCCCUUCGACCCCGAAACCCGGACCGCCGCGAACGCGGUGUCGGUGGCCACCUGGACCGGCGCGCUGGACCGCUCCCCCUGCGGGACGGGGACGUCCGCCCGGAUGGCGGCGCUCCACGCGCGGGGUUUGCUCGGGAUCGGCGAGGACUUCCAUCACUUCGGACCGGUGGGGACCGAGUUCGUGGGGCGCCUGAUCCGGACCACGACGGUUGGCGGGGUCCCGGCAGUGGUCCCGACGAUCAGCGGGACCGCCUGGAUCACGGGGAUCGCCCAGUACUCCGGUGGAUCCAUCGGAUCCCUUCCCGGAGGGCUUCACGGUCGGGGAUAUCUGGUAGGAGUGGGCGGGGCCGUGGGGCUCGCCCGGUGUACGCCCCACGUGAGGGUGGAAGGCGAGACCUUCGUCGGCCUCGGGCGGUCGAUUCCGGCCGGAGGCCGGCGCUCCAAGCCGUCCUCGCGCUCUUGCCCCGUUGGCUGGACCGGCGUCAUUAGUGCAGGUUUCGCGCUCCCGCGCGAUGCCGGUCGGAGACCGGCGCUCCAGCUCUUGCUGCCGUUGGCAACACGCGUUUCGCGACGGUGUUGGGACGCGGUGCGGGUGUGA